AUGCUAGAUAGGAAACAGAUACGUGCCAUUCUCUUAUACGAGUACAAAAACGGGAUGAAGGCGUCGGACGUGUCGCGAUGCUUGAACAACGUGUUUGGGCCCGGCACAAUAAGCGAUCGCACCGUCCAAUGGUGGUUCACAAAGUUUAAAGGCGGCGACGAGAGUCUGGAGGAUGAAACGCGAAGCGGACGACCUUCAGAAGUUGAUCUAGAGCUAUUGGGGAAGAUUGUGGAUGAAAAGCCUAAUAUUAGUUCAAGAGAGUUGGCUCAGAUGAUGAAUGUUAGUCAUACGACGGUGGUGAAGAAGCUGAAGGAGGUUAAAAAGCUCAAAGGAUAUGCUGAGAAUGAGAUGAUGUUGUUGGCGGCAGAUCAAUCGACAGAACAAGGAUGUAGGCCUAAAGAAGAGGUUUGCAAGCUGACAGAACAGAGUCAUAAAGCUAUGGAACAGAGCCACAAACCUUUGGAACACAGUGUGAGGUCGACGGAACAUGGCACAGAAAUCAGACUACAGAUACCUCUAGAUCAACAGACAGUCAAGCCAAGUCCUCAGCUACCUAAUCAAUCAUCACAAUAUCAACAACUAA